GUUUGCGUCUCUGUUUCUCCAUAAUUUUUCCACCAUCACCGCUUCUCAUAUCUAUGCAUAUGUAUAUACAUACACAUGUACAUAUAAAAACAUUCACUUAUUGAAGCCAAAUCAUUCAGCAAUGGCUACAGCGAGUGCUGAUCAUAAAGAAGCUCUCAAUAGUGAUCUUCCACCUCCUUUGAGUCAUAAGGUUGGUCAAACAAGUGAAAUGAGUGAAGAUGCCACAAACUGCGAAAUAACUGAAAUCACUACAGGUGAUCAACAUUCAAAGCCACAACACCUGGUGUUGGAGAUACCAGAAAGAACCUUUGAUAACUUUGCAAAAGAUGACGUGAAGAUGAACAUGCCAUCAACACCACAACAAACUCCAAAAAGAGUCAACUUUUCUCCAUUGCGUAGCCCUACUUAUGCGUAUGCCAGAUUUAACGAACCAUCAAGUCCUAAAGGUAAAUCAUCCAUCAAAAGCCUCAUUCCUAAAUUGAGCUUCAAAUUUAGGAACAGAACUUCAGAUAUUGAGAAGGCUGCAAUCCAAGCCCUUGGAGGCUCACCAUCAGAGAUGAGAAGGAACACUAAAAUGUCUAGAACUUUAUCUCUUACAAAACUAUUUGCAUCCAGAACGAAAAGAACAUCAUCUUUACCCGUAACUCCUAUUGCUCACUCGAAUCCAGAGUCUAUGCAUGGAAGAAACACCAUGGAAAAAGGUUGGAUCCAACGCCCAAUGCAUCGUUCGCAUUCUGUUCCUGUUUUGAUUAAAGAUGGAAGCAUAGGGGAAAUAGAGUCUGUAGGUGGUGUAUUUCGGAUAGUUCCAACUACUCCAAAAGUCGUACAAGGAACUGAUCCCACCCUAAAUGUGAAUCCUACAGUCGAAGCUGAUGGAAAUCAUCAUCAGAAAGAGGGUGAGGAUAUUGCAGAAGAAGAAGCUGUCUGCAGAAUCUGUAUGGUGGAACUGCGGGAAGGUGCUGAUGAUACCCUUAAAAUGGAAUGCAACUGCAGAGGAGAGCUUGCCCUAGCCCAUCAAGAAUGUGCCAUAAAGUGGUUUAGCAUCAAAGGAAACAAAACUUGUGAGGUUUGCAAGCAAGAAGUUAAGAACCUACCUGUUACUCUUUUACGAAUUCAGAGAUCUCAAAGCCGUGUUAUGCGUGCAAAUGGAGCUAUGCAUCAGUAUGAAGUUCCUCGAUACAGGGUGUGGCAGGAUGUACCUGUUCUUGUGAUUGUGAGCAUGCUUGCUUACUUUUGUUUCUUGGAGCAACUUUUGGUAACAAAAAUGGGUUCUGGUGCAAUUGCUAUAUCUCUGCCUUUUUCUUGCAUAUUGGGUCUCCUUGCAUCAAUGACAUCAACAACAAUGGUGAAGAGACGGUAUGCAUGGAUUUACGCAUUCAUCCAGUUCGCUCUAGUGGUUGGCUUUGCACAUGUUUUCUACUCAACGCUUCAUGUGCAAGGGGUUCUAUCAGUUUUGCUUGCUACAUUUGCUGGUUUCGGUGGUGCAAUGUGUGCAACUUCGAUCAUUUAUGAAUUCUUGAAAUGGAGGAGAAGUUGGCAUGACCGGUCAAACCAGCCUCAGGGGACCCCAGAAACCAGACAGCCUCAAGAAUCUUCAGAACCAGCUGAUGUACCACAAGACCAGCUUCACCAGCAAGAUGGUUCAAUGGAGGCAAUACAGCCUCAGCAGCCUACAGAAACUGGCCAUGCACCUGACCUUCAAAGAGAUCAAGCCAGAGCCUCGGAUCAACAAUCUGGAACGUAACGGGUUCGCUUGUUUCUGCACAAGCUCCUUAAGUUAGAAAAUUUGUAGUCAUUGUUGCUUAUUUAUGACCAAAAGCUGAGAUUGUAUAGAAUCCCAUUACUUGGCAUAUUCUAAGGAUAUCUUGAGUAUUGGUUCAAUGGAGUCUGCAUUUUAAGAA